ACAAGCAAAAUAAUGUUGGCUUUACGUUUUUUAAGAUAAACAAACUAUUUAUUAUAGUUUCCAGUUGUUAUUUUUUUUAACUAGUAUAAAAUUCAAUCAUUUAAACUUAUUCUUUACAAAUAAGUUUCUUUUCACAUUUAAGGCUCUUAUCAAGGAGGUUGAAAACCUUCUUGCUCUUAUAGACAAAAUAAUAGUUCUAUUUUCCAAUUCAUAAAAUAUCUGCACACUUUUUCGUCAAUUGUAAUUUUAAUCAAUUCUAUUUACUUCUUUUUUCCGUAAAAGACAUCUUUAAGGCGGCGAAUCCAGCAUUUUUAUUCAGUCACAUUUUUGCAAAACAGCUGGGGUCAUUAGAUUCAUAUAUUUUGUGACUGUUUUGUUCAAUAUCAGGUCUCCUAAUAACGUAAUACUUAACCUCAAAUUGAAAAAAAAAGAAAUGAAUUGAUAAAAUAAAAAAAUUAUAAUGAAGUUAUUAAUGCCCCUGGUAGGAGGCUUCUAGGACAGGUACUAUCAGUUGGAGGAAGUUAACCUGCAGAAGGAUAACGACACAACAUAAACAGGAGGAUAGGUGAGAUUUUCCUGUAAAAAAAUAUUAAGAAAAAGCUGCAGUGAUCAAAGAAAAUGAAUUCUGAAAAGGAGAAUUUGUUUACCACGGAACUGGCCAUGAGCAGAUCAAUGAGUGGUUACACUUCUGGCUCUUCAAGAGGACCUUCUACAAUUAGUGGCAGGCCUCCUUCUUAUGAUGAAGUUCAAAGAGAAAGACUGCGCUCACAAAAAUUAUCAGAGGACUCAUUACCAGAAACGAGGCAGAUGAACAUGGAUGGAAUGGGGUAUGCAUUCUCAUCAAAGGCGCUCCCACCUCAUGCUGCGCCGAGUAUUAUUAGUCGAACUAGCGUCACAUCGGAGCCUCUCAAGAUUACAGGGUUGGAGUUCGCGUUUACCUCAAAUAACCUGCCUAGGAUCGGUAUAGAUGAAACAGACACGUUAAAUGGCAUGGCAAAUGAUAUGCAUCCUACAGGCCUGGACCGAUACAAACCACCCAUUGUUCCGGAUACCGCAGCUUUGGCAGCGGACGAAAAGCGUGGAAUGUGGGGACGAAAAGCUGAAUUUAUUUUAGCGUCUGUUGGAUUAGCAGUUGGUCUCGGAAAUGUCUGGAGGUUUCCAUAUUUAUGUCAAAGAAAUGGCGGAGGUGCUUUCCUGAUACCAUAUUUUAUCAUGAUGGUUAUUGAGGGGAUUCCCUUGUUUUACAUCGAAUUUGCAGUCGGUCAGCGUUUUCGUCGCAGUGCAAUUGGUUGUUGGAGCAAAAUGCAUCCAGCUCUUAAAGGGAUUGGUAUAUCUUGUAUGGUUAUCUCCACAAUGCUGUGCAUAUACUAUGUAGCUGUAAUUGCUUGGAGUUUUUAUUAUCUAUUUGCCUCGUUAACCUCCAAGUUACCGUGGAGAAUAGAAAAGUGCCCAAGGUAUGAUGAAUACAAUGUAUUGGACCAACUUUGCAAGAAAAACAGCUCCGACACAUAUCAUUGUGAGAUGAAGACCAACUUUACAGAAUGCUGUGUUCACGACCCGCAGCUUUACUACUUUUACAGAAAAACUUUGGAUGUGUCCACGUCAAUUGGUGAUUCAGGAAGUGGAAUAAACUGGAAGCUUGCUGGCUGUCUUGUAUUGGCAUGGGUUGUUGUAUAUGCUUGUGUCAUUAACGGAGUAAAAUCAAGUGGGAAGGCUGUAUACUUCACGGCAACGUUCCCUUACGUUAUAUUGAGCAUACUGUUCAUACUGGGUCUCUCCUUAGAUGGUGCAUCCAUUGGUUUAAAAGCUCUUUUUAAGCCUGACUUUAAAAAAUUGAGAGAUCCUCAAAUUUGGAUGGAUGCUGCCUCCCAAAUGUUUUUCACAUUAAGUUUGGGGUUUGGUGCGUUGAUUUCAUUCGCCAGUUACAUGCCUAUCAAAAACAACUGCGUGAGAGAUGCCUACACUGUGGUAUUUAUUAACUGCGGGACGUCACUGUUUGCUGGUAUAGUUGUAUUUUCAAUUUUGGGACACCGAGAGUAUGUUACUAAGCUACCGGUAACCGAGGUUGGUGGAGGUGCUGGUCUUGCUUUUAUUACUUUUUGUGACGCCUUCCUUCAAAUGCCUGUAUCUCCGCUUUGGUCUGUUCUAUUCUUUAUCAUGCUGAUCUUGUUAGGAAUUGAUUCAGAAUUUGGAACCUUGGAAGGUUUAGUUGCGCCAUUUUAUGAUGCAAAGUGGGUAACUAUGAAAAAGUGGAAAUUCACAGGUAUACUUGCUUUUGCCAUGUUCUUGAUUGGUCUCGCUUUAAUAACAUCACCAGGGUAUUAUGCGUUUCAAUUAUUUGAUGAUUUCGCUGUUCCUUUGCCGUUACUAUUUAUCGCCUUUUUUCAAGUGGUAUCGAUAUCAUGGGUGUAUGGAAAUGAUAAAUUUGCAAAUGAUAUUGAAUAUAUGACUGGUAAACGACCUUAUCUUUUUUGGAUGAUUUGUUGGAAAUAUAUUUCACCAUUAGCUAUCUUUAUCAUCUUCGUUGCAAACUGCCAUAAAUUGGCAACAAAGUUUCCAACCUACAAAGCAUAUGUUGGUUGUCUCCAACAAAUGGUCAACUUUUCAUCAUUAUCACCUGGUACUAAAACUUCUUUAUUCGAUAGUCCUUAUCCAGCUUGGGGACAAUUCUUUAUUGUUGCAUUUAUCACAAUUUCUAUGAUACCUACCAUUGCCUGGUUGAUAAUGAACUUUGUUAAAAAUCCACAAAAAUGGGUAGAUGGGUUUAAAUCGAAGCUGUCAAAUAUUCAUGAAUAUUAUCCAGACCCAAGUUAUCCAGAUCCUAGUCGUAGAAAAAGUGGCCGUGAAAUCGAAACGCAAAUUUUAAAAGAAAUUGAAGAAGAAGAAGAUUGAGUUUAAUUAAUAUUUCUUUUAAAGCGUGUUGUGAAGAAAAAACAUAAAGAAUAGUUCGCUCCUUACAAAGACGCAUUUCCAGCUACUCUGUUCUGACAUUGUGAAAAGGAGAGUAUGAAUGGAGUUUCAUUCAAAUUUUGAGUGUACCUAAAAAUAUAUAGUUUAAGAUAUUUUGAAUAGGUUAUGUCGUAUUCAAUUCUACCACAAAAUGUCUGUUCUUCCAAGAAAAAAAAAAUGGCAUUAACUGCUGUUAUUUUCUGUGAGUCUUUCUGUGAGAACUUUAGCUAAAUAUUUCGCUGUCGAAGGGAUUAUAAAAGAUGUCUUAUAUUCAUGUAAGUCUAGGUGUAAACUUUGUAAUAUAUUUUUAUUAUUAGAAGAUGUAAAUCGAUUAUAUUUUGCCACAAGUUUUGUUGUGAAAUCACAACAUUUGUAACAAGCUCGCUCUUGUGUGAGAAAAAAAUUUAAAAGAGUGUUGAAAUCCAUGUUUCAAACUAUAGCUAUUAGACAUGA